UAUAAAAGCCUCGAGUUUCCGGGGACUCGAGAUCGCUGGAAUUCCUCUCUCCCCCCGGCCCUCAUUUCAUUUGCCCUCGUGCGCCAACGACUCCAGGCGCUCUCCCCUCGCUGGCUCUCUCUCUCUCUCUCUGUCCGGCCGGCCACCACACGGAGAGAGAUGGCGGCACAGACCAACGGCAGCCCACCUGACCCCAAAUCUGAGGGCGGGGGCAGCGCACCUGACCCCAAAUCUGUGGGCAACGCCUUCAUCGAGCAGUACUAUCCUGUUCUCCACAGCAACCCAACGGUUGCUCACAGAUUCUAUCAUGAAGAAAGCCAGCUAGGUCGGCCAGGACCAGAUGGUCAGAUGAUCUCUGUGACGACAUUGCUGGGAAUUAAUGAAAAAAUCCUCUCUUUGGAUUAUGAGAAGUACAAGAUUGAGAUUUUGACUGCUGAUGCUCAGGCUUCUCACGAGGGUGGAGUUCAAGUUUUAGUUACAGGCUGUUUAAUGGGAGAGGAUAACAUAAGGAGGAUAUUCACUCAGUCCUUUUUCUUGGCUCCGCAAAAAACUGGUGGCUAUUUUGUCUUGAAUGAUAUUUUUAGGUAUGUGGAAGGUGAAUCUCCCUUGCCUGUCUCUCCAGCAGAAAGACAUGAGGAGCUUAGGGCCGUUGAAGCUCCUCCUAUGCUGGAUCCUGAGCCGGCUCAAAUUGUUGAUCCACCUGUGGAGGUGGAGACUCCUCUGGUUGAAGAAAUCGUUCCUGCUGUGGAGAACGGGGAGGAGUCUGCUGAUGGAAAGGAAAUUGUUGUUGAGCCAAUAGCUGAUUCGAGUGAAAAGGAUGAUAGCACAGUCGCUGUCCCUGUUCCUGAUGCUCAAGUUGAUGCCCCUAAGAAGUCUUUUGCAUCAAUUGUUAGCGCUCUGAAUGAUAGUGCUGCACCAUUUCAAAUGAGGGCUCCAGUUUCCAAGCCUGUUGCACGACCGCGUGCCUCUACAGCUCCUAAAUCUCCUGUACCUAAUGAAAGCAUUCCUGCUGAAAAGAGUGAAAUUCAACCAGUAAAGCGCCAUUCUAUAUUUGUCGGCAACUUGCCUUUAGAUGCAACACCAGAUCAACUGGAGACUGCCUUUAAGAAAUUCGGGUCCAUCAAACCCAACGGCAUUCAAGUUAGAAGUAGUAAGGGCUCAUGUUAUGGUUUUGUAGAAUUUGAAGCUGAGAGUUCUAUGCAAAGUGCUCUUGAGGAAAACUCCAUCAUGAUUGGUACCCGAAAGGCUCACAUUGAGGAGCAGAAAAAAGAUGGCGGUGACAGAAAGGCGACCCAGGGAAGGGGUGGCUUCCGGAAUGAUCAUUUCAGAAGCCACGGUGGCUUCCCCGACAGGAAGCCUGACUUCUCAGGACGGAGCGGUGGUGGCGGCGGCGGCGCAGGGCGCAACAGCGGGACCUUCCAGAGGGGUGACUAUCAGAACGGAGGAGGAAGAGGUCCCCGCCCAACACCCAAGCCACGAUAGUACCAUCUCUGUGCCGCCCGAUGAAUGCUUGCCUUGCUGAUGAGUAGUAAAAAUUCAAGAUUCUUACAAUUUUUAGGUUAUCUUAUAGUGAGAUUCUGUGGGAUUUAGAUUUGCGGCUUUUCAGAUUUUGAUCGGUAGAAUUCCAGAGAAAUUGCAUUUAAAUUCCCUACCAUGAUGAUUUUCUUUGGGCCUUCUCUUAGACUUUCUGGCUCCUUUUAGUUACGUUAGUUCGGGAGAAAUUUUUCCCCUUGUAACAGAAUAAUUAUCUGCCCUUUUCUUUUUCUUUUCAAAAAGAAUUUCCAACUAUAUAAUUAUCCGCCAUGUCCUAUGAUUUAUA